GAGAUAGGGCCCUUUCCAUGACGUUUAUUCUGUUAAAGUCUUUAUCCUGAGGAUGCAGGGGUACCGCCCUCUUCCUUUGGAAAGUGCCGAAUCACAGGCGAGGCUCUAAGCCUUUCAGUUGCUUUGGGGUGCAGUACCAUUCCAGGCAUCGGACAUGCUGAGGGCCGCCCUGCUGUGCGCGGUGCUCGCGCUCCUGCGCGCACAGCUCGUCUCCUUCCCCUGCCCUCCCGCCUGCAGCUGCUUCGUCCGGGACGCGGCGCAGUGCUCGGGGGGCGACGUGGGGCGCAUCGGCGCGCUCGGCCUGCCCACCAACCUCACGGUCAUCAUGCUGUACCGCAUGGACCGCGGCACCCUGCGGAGUGACAGCUUCCGCGGCAUGACGGUCCUGCAGCGCCUCCUACUGGCCGACAGCCACAUCUCCGCCGUCGCCCCCGGCGCCUUCGACGACCUGAUAAACCUAAAAACCCUGAGGUUGUCGCGCAACCAAAUCCCGGAUCUUCCAGGCUCCGUCUUCGACCAGCUGGUGCUCCUGGAACAGUUGUUCUUGAGCCACAAUAAACUAACGCGCAUUGACCAAAACCUGUUUCGGAACCUGGUUAGCCUGCAGCAUCUCCUUCUGAACAACAAUCAACUCGUUUCCCUCCCCGCCGGCCUCUUCGCGCACCUGGGGAACCUGAGGGUGCUGGAUGUAUCGGGAAACAAUUUGACUCACUUGCCGCAGGGGUUGCUCCGGGCCCAGGCUAAGCUGGAGAGGCUGGUGCUCCACUCCAACCAGCUCGUCUCUCUGGACGCGGGGCUCCUGCGCAGCCUGCGCGCCCUGGCCGAGCUGCGGCUCGACGGAAACCGCCUCCGCUCCCUCGCGCCCGGGGCCUUCGACCAGCUCCGCGACCUGCGUAUGUUAACUCUUUCCAGAAACCAGCUGCGGUCUCUGCCCUCGGCACUCUUUCUCCAUUUGCACAAUCUGACCUCCUUGGCGCUGGAUGAGAACCCGCUGGAGGAGCUCCCGGGCGUGCUCUUCGGGGAGAAGGGGGGCCUGCGGGGGCUUCCCAACGCACCAGCCAACCGAGCCCAGGGCUUGGAGGCUAAUUAUGUGUUUGUUCAUGAAUCACAGGCUGUUCUUGCUGAAGAGACCCACGGGCAGUGCGCCUGCUCCAAGCGCGUCUCCUCCUGGGCAGGGACCGCGUCUCAGUGUCCAGGUGAGCUGUCUGUUCAGCUCAUGGAAUUCCUGCACCAGUGCCAGACGCCAGGCUGUGCCCCCUCCCAGAACAGGGCCUGGGCCGAGUGGCUGCCGUGA